AUGCCACUCUUCGGAUCCCGCCGCGAGCCCUCGCCUCCCCCUGCCCCAGCUCCAACUCAGAAAUCCGGGCUCUUCUCUCGUCGUCGCUCCUCCUCUCCCCACGCAGCUACUACAACCACGCACCACCACCGCCACAGCAGCUCGGCCUCGCGCUCCGGCACAUCAAACAACAACACCAUUUCCUCUGGCUUCUUCAGCAAGUCAUCUCAUGGAGACCCCAGCAUCGUCAAUGCAAAGCAGAGUCUAGCGAAUGCCGAGGCGGCAGAGCGAGAGGCGGAUCGGGCGUUGGCGGUUGCGAGGAGUGCGGUUAGGGAGGCACGCGAGCAUGUUGCUAGGUUGGAGAGGGAGGCUGCUGAAGAGGCACGACUAGCUAAGAUCAAGAAGGCCGAGGCGAAGACGCUCGGUAAGAUGGGCAAGAAGUUGGGCAGGCAUGACCAUGUUUGA